AUGGGACGACAGGGUCAGACGGACGAAGAGGCUGCGGUGAACGAUCGCAUGAGUCUGAAUGGGAACGUCCAGGUAUAUCACGACGAAUCGGACGAUGACGCGAUCACUGGUGCGGAUGCACCGUUACGCGGACCAGGCGCAUCAUCUCGACCAUCCUCCGACUUCGACGGGUUGCAUCUUGGAGGCAGCAGUCCGGCAUGGCUGAGCAAGACAGUAGAUCAACUACCUCAGCCUGUCAAGAAUGCCUGGGAAGCGACAAAGACAUGGGUCAAAGGUCCAGACCCUCCGAGAAUCUUCACCAUAACGCCCAUCUUUCCAUUGAUACAACACAUACCUAUUACACUACUUGAUCGCUAUGCACCGAAACGAAUGCAUCGCUUCUGGCUUCUCGUACUCCUCCUAGCCUCUUGGCUCCUCUCCUUCUCCCUCAUCCUCCGCGCCUCAAACUUCUCGGCCAGCAUCCCCGGCUACGGUCAACCCAUCCAUCUCCACUGCGGCGCAUCCUACUGGGAGGAAGGCAACGGCUGCGGUCUGAACGGCAACCGCUGUCGCCCUUUCGCGAACGAGACUCUUGCUUUCCGCUGCCCAGCCGACUGCCACAAGAUCCAGGCCCUCAAUCCACAUGCCAUCGGCGACCAAGAAAUCGUCUAUCGCUCUCUCGCCGUCGGCGGUCCCACAGAGUCUCACACCGGUUUCGAAGACAUACUGGUGAAUAAUGCCAUCUACCGCAGCGAUAGCUUCAUCUGCGCCUCCGCCAUCCACGCCGGCUUCCUUACUUCCACUACAGGAGGAUGCGGCGUCCUUUCCCUAACAGGCGAACAAACUUCUUUCCCCAGCUCAACCCACCACGGCAUAGAAAGCAUCCCCUUCGCAUCCUACUUCCCGCAAACCUUCGGCUUCCUCUCCGGAACAGAAGCCUCCUGCCACGACCUCCGAUGGCCAGCCCUAGGGAUAAGCGUAGCCUUUACCACCGUCUUAAGCCUCUUCACCACCAGCCCAAUAAUCUUCUUCUGGACGAAUUUCACCAUCCUCUUCUUCCAGACUGCACUAGCAACCGAUCCACCGAAUCUCUUCACUACGAGUUCCCUCCUUUCCCUAGCCUUUGGCCGUUUCCUUCCUGCGGCCUUCUGUGGCUGGGUAACAUAUCGGUACACCGUCAAACGCAGCCUUACGGACUUGACGGCGCAGAUCGAGAAAACGGUCCUCUGGCUUGGACCCGCGUGGGUCGGUGCACUGAACAAUCAUACUUUCGACAAGAUACCCAUUCAGCGCUUGACAUCGCACGAUAUUCAGGCCCAACCCGGUGCCAUACCAGCCUUGAUCGCCGUCGUCCUAACAAUCUUCUUCAUCGCCCUUGGCCAAGCGUGGUCUUUCCGCGUCGAGGGCCGAAUGCCGCGAUAUCUAGCUAUCUAUGGCCUUUUCGUCCUCGCGAUCUUUAUUAUGCUGGCUCUGCCCAGUCUGAAUCUGAGGAUCCAUCACUACAUCCUUGCUCUCCUGCUGCUGCCAGGGACAAGUUUCCAGAAUCGUCCUAGUCUCCUCUAUCAGGGCCUUCUCGUUGGACUGUUCGUGAAUGGAAUUGCGAGAUGGGGGUUUGACUCUAUUCUGCAGACUCCCGGGGAGUUACUCAAGGGUGCACAGAGAGGGACGUUGAUACCUGCUGUCAGUGUUUUGGCUAUUGGGGCGAGCAAUAUCACCUUUGGUCUUGGAUCAUUGCCACAGUACGACAAGAAGGCAGGCGUGACAUUCGACGGCAUCAGCGUCCUUGUCAAUGAUGUUGAGAGGUUCCGCGGAUAUGGAGACGAUAGAUCGGACUGGGGUGAUGCCUCAGCUGGUGGGAAUUUGACGUGGACUUGGUGGCGGCAUAGAGUUGGUAGGGAUGAUGAUGACGAUGUGGCUGGAGUGGACGAUAUACUGGGUCAUGAGAGCGAUAUUGAUGUUCAUGUGGACGGCGAUGAUGUAAAGAUAGAGGGACGCAGGCGGUUGCCGGAGUACUUUAGAUUUGGAUAUAUGGCUGGAAGCUCAGUGGGUGAUUACAGUAAAGCUGGGAUUUGGGAUGAGGAGGGAGAGUGGUCGGAGAUGGAGCCGGGGCCCAGUUGA